CAUUCAGUCUCUAGCUGUUGGCUCUAGAGCGCGGAGUUCGGCUGAUUUUUACGUUUUAUUUUCAAAUCAAUCAUUUGUAUUUUUUUUUAUUUUAACGAUAUUAUCUUAAUAAUAUAUUGACGUGCAUUCUGUUGAAAAACUCGUAAAGAUUUUUUUUUAAUUUUGAGCAAAUCAGUCGGUGGAAACAUGAGGGAAAUAGUGCAUUUACAAGCCGGACAGUGCGGAAACCAAAUCGGUGCUAAGUUCUGGGAAAUUAUCUCCGAAGAGCAUGGUAUCGACCCAAGUGGCAUUUAUCACGGCGAGAGCGACCUUCAACUCGAACGCGUUAGCGUCUACUACAACGAGGCUUCUGUGGCCACUCGUACCAGCGGUGGCAAAUAUGUGCCUCGCGCUAUCCUGCUGGACCUGGAGCCAGGGACAAUGGAAGCUGUGCGCUCUGGAUUGUAUGGCAAACUCUUUCGCCCAGACAACUUCGUUUUUGGGCAAUCCGGCGCUGGCAACAAUUGGGCCAAAGGCCAUUACACCGAGGGAGCUGAACUGGUGGAUGCCGUCUUGGAUGUAGUCCGAAAAGAAUGUGAGAACUGCGAUUGUCUUCAAGGGUUCCAGCUGACCCACUCCUUGGGCGGUGGAACCGGAUCUGGAAUGGGAACUUUGCUGAUUUCGAAAAUUCGGGAAGAAUAUCCCGAUCGCAUCAUGAAUACUUAUUCUGUUGUUCCCAGCCCGAAAGUUUCGGAUACUGUAGUGGAGCCUUAUAACGCCACCUUAUCCAUUCAUCAACUCGUAGAAAAUACUGAUGAAACUUACUGCAUCGAUAAUGAGGCGUUGUACGAUAUUUGCUUCCGUACGCUCAAAGUACCAAAUCCUAGCUAUGGUGACUUAAACCAUUUAGUAUCCUUAACCAUGUCUGGCGUGACAACUUGUCUCAGAUUCCCAGGCCAACUGAACGCCGAUUUACGUAAAUUAGCGGUCAACAUGGUACCGUUUCCGCGUCUUCAUUUCUUCAUGCCAGGAUUUGCUCCUUUAACUUCUCGUGGAAGUCAACAAUAUCGUGCUUUGACCGUUCCUGAGUUGACCCAGCAAAUGUUCGAUGCCAAGAAUAUGAUGGCAGCCUGCGAUCCUCGUCAUGGUCGGUAUUUGACAGUGGCUGCCGUUUUUCGUGGCCGCAUGUCAAUGAAGGAAGUAGACGAACAAAUGCUGGCAGUGCAGAAUAAAAAUAGCAGCUACUUUGUAGAAUGGAUUCCGAAUAAUGUCAAGACUGCAGUUUGUGACAUACCUCCCAAAGGACUCAAAAUGUCUUCUACGUUUAUCGGUAAUACGACAGCGAUACAAGAACUAUUUAAGCGUAUUUCUGAGCAAUUUAGCGCUAUGUUUAGGCGUAAGGCCUUCUUGCAUUGGUACACUGGAGAGGGCAUGGAUGAAAUGGAGUUCACGGAGGCCGAAAGUAAUAUGAAUGAUCUCGUUUCCGAAUAUCAACAAUAUCAAGAAGCAACAGCCGAUGAUGAAUACGAACAAGACGAAGGAGCUCCUGAUGAGUUAGAAGGAGAAUGUGUGUGAACUU